UUCGUCUCCAUACACAUAAUUUGACAUCGGAAGUGUUUCUGUAGCAGUUUUCCCCAGUUUCACUGAGAACUUGAUGUUUGUCCCGUCUGUUCAGAACCCAUAUUGUGACAUGGGGUAUUGCAGGGGUUUAGAGAAACGACCGUGGAAAGAAGGACAAUGGGCCAGAAAAAUUGAAACUUCGCUCAUAUGGUGCUGAAAUGCUCCGCAUCACUAUGGUAUAGGUAAUCGGUGUGUGCUGAACCGUGUCCUCAGCGGACACAGUCUCGUUUCUUUUUGGUCACACCUCGUAUGCCAGCAAUUUCAUUAGAAUCUCUUACGUUAACGUCACAGAAUGUAGUAAAUUGCUGUUUUGGGAAGCAGCGACUAUAACACGAAUGGUUAGAAUGAGGAUCAAGUACAGUACGUCAAAUUCCAUGAAAAUAACCGUAUCUAGGGAAAUGAUUUUUAAAAUAGGGAAAUUUUCGUGAGAAUCUGGGGAAACCGGCGAGACGCCAGCGGUAACGCUGGUGUGUCGGUGUCGUGUCGGUGGGGAGACUGAACUCGUCGGCGCGGUGGGUCACGCUGGGUCGAUUAUCUGCUCGGGACUGCGACACGGCGCUGGCAGAGUGCCGGUGCCAGCCGACGCCACCGUGCCGUCGUCUUUGGCUGACUGGAGGGCCAGCUGGUCGCGGCGGCGGCCGGCAGUGCGCGUUACGGGGAUCUAACGGCGCUCCCACAGUCCGCUGCAGACCGCAGCGCCUCACGAUGCGGCUGCUGCUGCUCUGCUGUGCGCUGGCGGCCGCGGGCGCCGAGCCGUCCGUGUGGACGUGGCGCUGUGAGUCGGGGAGCUGCGUGCGCCGCCCAGCCGCCGGUGUCACCGACGGCAUGCAGUUCGGCACGUGCAAGUUGACCUGCGGCGAGCUGUCGGUGGUGUGGCCGCGUCCCACCGGGCCGGCCGCGUUCGGCUCCGAGACGGUGCCGUUCCUUAUCGACAACAUCCAGUUCCAGCUGGUGGCGCCCGACCCGGUGAAGCCGAUGCUGCAGACUGCCACUGAGAUAUUCCUGGACAGCCUGCGGGCGCUGCAGCCGUCGGGCCUGGGCGGCCGGCGGGCCGGCUGCCGGCCGGACGGCGCCUGUGAGCCGGCCGUGGCCGAGCAGGCCGUGAAGGUGACUGUGGCCGUGGAGUCGGCCGGCACCGCGCUGACGCUGGAGACGAGCGAGUACCACCAGCUGCUGGUCAACCACACGGCCGGCGGCGAGGUCAGCGUCCUGCUGUACGCCACCACCUUCUUCGGCGCGCGCCACGGACUGGAGACGGUGUCGCAGCUCAUCGAGUACGACGACGAGAACGCCUGUCUGCAGAUCCUGGGCUCGGCGACGCUCAGUGACGCGCCGGUAUACCCGAUCCGGGCCCUGACCAUCGACACAUCGCGCAGCUUCAUCCCUCUAUCUGCCCUGCGGCGCACCAUCGACGCCAUGGCCAUGAACAAGCUGAACACGCUCCACUGGCACGUGACGGACACGCACAGUUUCCCGAUCGAGGUGGUCAGCGAGCCGCGUCUGGUGCAGUACGGCGCCUACUCGCCGGAGAAGGUGUACUCAGCCCGGGAGGUGGCCGAGCUGGUCCGGUACGGCCGGCAGCGCGGCGUCCGACUGCUGCCCGAGCUGGACGCGCCGGCCCACGUCGGCUACGGCUGGCAGUGGGGCGAGGACGCCGGACUCGGCAGGCUGGCCGUCUGCGUCGGAGAGGAGCCGUGGCAGUCGUACUGCGUGGAGCCGCCCUGUGGCCAGAUGAACAUUGUCAACGAGAACAUGUACACCGUGCUGGGGAAGAUCUACAAGGACUUCAACGCCCUCUUCCAGCCGGAUAUCUUCCACAUGGGAGGCGACGAGAUCAACUUCAACUGCUGGAAGUCCUCCCCCGAGAUCGCUGAGCACGUGAAGGACCGCGGCGGCGACCCGUCUGACGACUCGGAGUACAUGCGGCUGUGGGCUCAGUACCAGGUCCGCGCCGCCGGCCUCUGGAGGAACGUGACUGGCCGGAGCACGCCGCUGUUACUGUGGACCAGCGACCUCACCAAACAGGAGGCGGUCCGCCCCUCGGCGCUGAAACCGUCGCAGUAUAUUAUCCAGGUGUGGACCACCGGCACCGACCAGCAGAUCGGGGACCUCCUCCGUCAGGGCUUCCCGCUGCUGCUCUCCAACUACGACGCCUGGUACCUGGACUGCGGCUUCUCGGCCUGGGUCGGCGUCGGAAACAACUGGUGUUCGCCCUACAAGAGCUGGCAGACCGUGUACGACAACAGCCCGCGCGCCAUCGCCCGGAGUUUCGAGCCGGCCGGCGCCGACUACGCGUCCCUGGUGCGGGGCGGCUCGGCGGCACUGUGGUCGGAGCAGUCGGACGCCCAGACGCUGGACAGCCGGCUGUGGCCGCGCGGUGCCGCGCUGGCCGAGCGGCUCUGGGCGGAGCCGGACACGGACUCGGCGGCGGCACUCACCCGGCUGGUGCACCACCGCGAGCGGAUGGUGCAGCGCGGCAUCGGCGCCGAGCCGCUGCAGCCCGAGUACUGCCACCUCAACGACGGCGUGUGCACUACCUAGCGGUGGGCGGCGCGGGGCGGGCCGGGGCGACGGGCACCGCCGCUCGGCUGCUGCAGGUCGCCGCCCUGCCGCUGCUGCUGCCGCUGCUAUUGCUGCUCGUAGUGCGUUCGGCUUAACGUGUGCGUCCGAUAGCGCCGUCGUCUCUUCAGCUACAGAACCAGGAUCGUCUCUGGCUGGAGAAGCUCGGGCAUUAUGAAACAUAGAUGAACUUUGCAUUGGUUGUGGAGCGAACCCAAAAGAGGAGGUACGGUGUAAUUGUCGCACAGACUGGACAGUGGACACCGCUUUCAACUCUACGUUUGGAACAUUUGUGAUCAAGAUACAGUUACGAGUAUAUCAUCAAAAAGACACACGGCAAUAGUACAGCUAUUUCCAGAGUAUAUGGCAGCAGGAUACUCGCGCAAGUAAGUGCUAUAAUGGGGUUUCUGGGACGCAAGAAGCCAGAAUGUGUUACCGGUUAGCCUAACGGAAGAUGUAAGACCGAUUUAUUUAUCGUUGUAGCCUUUUUAGUGCUGUGGAUCGAUGAUCCUACAAGUGUGAGAACGCUUUUGACCUAGUCUUAACCGUAAGUGAUGUCGAAUGUCAGGCGUGGGAUAUUGCUGAUUGGUCGCAAAGCAUAAGGAGGCGGAAACUAGUAUGUGAUUGUUGCGGUAACGGUUAGUCGACGAUUCGAUGUUAAUCGAUGCUCCGUUCUGAAUAAUAGAUGAGCUGAUUUUGACAGAUCGCCUCGGGAUAUGCAUUAGGCACAGACGCUGGGAUAAUGGCGUGGACACUCGAUGCCGCAUGACCUAUCAUCUGACAGCACCGCAGUUCCCUCGGCGGCUGUCCGUGCGAGCGCUGCGGCGCCUGAGUCUGCAGACUCCCUGCCUCCAGCUGGCCGCGCCCUACCCGCCGCGCCGGUGGCUAUUUCAGGUAGCUCCGUAUUGGAAGGGAGGCCCCUGCCGAAGGGGGAGAGCCACUAUCGGCGCGCUCGGUCGGUAACGAUCUGGGCCCCGCUCACUAGGAGCUGCCUUAUUGCCGGCGCGCCACAUCAAUGUACGAUCAAUCUCAGCGGAGACGCCCUUCAUAAAGCGGUGUCUACCAGCUAUGGGAACUUCGGCGGAAUUGGAUGAGCAGUAGCCAGAGUGGGGUAUGAACAUCGGCCACAGGUCAGGUGUAAACCGUUUCAUUUUCUAGGCAAUUCCCUGUUCAUAUAUUGGGGGUGACGCGCGAUAUAUUUGUCAAAAAGGUCGUUUAUGAAGAAACACUAGGAAGUAUCCAUACUAGAUCGCCACGAGGAGAGGCGCCUGUUUUUUAUCCUAUUCAGUCACCGUGCUUUUCAUAUCGCUUCAAAAGUGGCGACUUAUGCAUUCUUUGCAUUCUGAAUAUUGACAGAGAUACUUUAGACACUUAUGAUUUAUACCCCAAUAUGAAAAUGGAUCCUAUCAGCAAAUUGCUUAGUGUCGCUACAAUAUUUCUCUUGGCAUCCCUUGAGUUUCAGGUAAUGUGCAUCCAGUCAGUCGUAUUAUCCGAGAGACAGGCAGGGAACCAGACAGAGCCAGUACCAACAAACGAAACAAAUAGGCCACACAAUACUACGGAAGCCAAAGAAACACAGAACUCCACCAAAAACGGGCACGAAUCGCCAGCGAAGCUACUCACGAAGCCAGGAUAUGACAUUCGCCGGCCGCCGCAAGACCCCAUCUCUGGGAGGCCAGUGCUCGUGCACAUGAUGGCCUUUGCCGACUUCAUCGAGACGGUCAACGAGCAAGCCGGAGAAAUGGUGGUGGCCUUCUUUUUCCGGGCCGAGUGGAACGACAGCAGGGUUCGGGAUGUGUCCGAGAUCCUGCAUGACAAGCCUGGCUAUCGGAAAGACAUGCUGCCUAUGUCCGGUAGGCUCAAAGAGACCCUGUGGGUGCCCGACCUUUACAUGCCGAUGGCCAGGCGAGUUGUCAUCCCAACCAUUCACGAGCCGGCAGAGAGCGUGACAGUCAUGAAACAUGGAAGCGUUGCGUACUCAGCCUUCUUCGUUAUUGCUCUCAAGUGCGAGAUGGCCUACGUCGACUAUCCAAUGGACGUCCAGUCUUGCUUUUUGGACGUAAUGAGCUACAAAUAUUCCCUGUCAGAGAUGGAGCUCAAGUGGCACCCCGACAGCCUCCAGGGACAUACGGAGAUCGUCACCAAACAUUUCCGCGUGACCAUUUCCAUCCCGAGGGUGAACAGCUCCUACAUAAUUGAGAAUGCCGACGGCAGCAAACGGUACGUCAUCCGGCUGCAGAUUUUCAUGAAGCGCCACCUGGCGUUCCACCUGGUUCAGACCUACCUGCCGUCGGCCAUGCUGGUGCUGAUCGGCUGGCUGUCGCUGCUGGUGCCGCUCGACUUUGCCUACGGCCGAAUGGUGCUCUCGGUCACCACGCUGCUGGUGCUGGUGUCCAUCUUCGUCACCAACAGCCAGAUGGCUCCUGGCGUGAACGAGGUGAAGGCGCUCGACAUCUGGCUGUUCAUGUGCAUCAUAUUCGUGUUCUCUGCCAUCGUGGACUGCAUCGCCGACCUGCGCUUCCUCUCGAUGGUGGAGAAGGAGUCGCAGAUCGCCGGCGAGGAGCGUCCCGAGGCCGAGCUGGCGCCGGUGGUGGACGAGCGUGCCUCGUCCGCCAGCCCGGUGGGCCAGCGCCAGUCGCUGGCCGGCGGCGGGUCCAGUGCAUACAUCCGCUUCCACGGCAGCAACACGCCGUUCCAGGCGGACAAGGAGGUCCUCAUCGCUACGCCAGCGGUGCUGAAGUGGCUGCGAAUGGCAGUGUUUCUGGAGAGAAGCAUGACGAUCGUUUACCCCACGCUGUUCAUCCUACUGGUGGCCAUCUACUGGUCAAUCUUUUUAACGUCCUACAACUCACAGACAGCCGAAUCGCGGACGGCGGACCAGUGGUGACUGGCGACAUUUCGUGCGGUGAGUGGUGAAAACAGUUACAUACCUGAGUCUUCGAACUCAAUUCACACAAAUCUCGCAACUGGGUGUAUUUCCACUAGAAAUGUUCCACCUGUAUUGAGUUCAUCCAGCAGUGAGCAGUUGUAGCAAUGGGUGCGGCUUCGACGUUGUUUGAUGCUAGUGAUCGAUUUUCACACUCGGCUUUGUUCGUUGCCGAGCGAUGCAGGUGCCCCUUGUGUGAUUGUUAUUUGUAUGUGGCCGCAGUUGAUCAAUGCGAAUAGAUGUAUUGCUGCGAAUAACAUACAAGGUGCAUUUAAUGUCGCUUUCUGGAUUUCCCAAGAAUUUUCAGUUCAACGGCUUAAACGAUGAAUGUUUUCAUUUUUAUGCGAGGUCGUAUGUGAAUACAUGAUAACCCAGAAGUUGAGCCAAGUGGUACGGUGUCUGUAAGAAUGCAUGAUGGGUGCGUGUCGAUCAAUUCUUUCUAACAACAUAGUUAUUAAGUUAAC